AUGAUCGUACCUGCUGACUUGCAAACAGGCGAGGCACACCCCGAAGCCGAAGUUGUCGGCGUAGACCUCUCGCCCGUCCAGCCUGGCUUCAACCUAAACCCGGGGGGCUGGUUCGAGAUCCAAGAUAUCGACUUCCCCAUGAGGUGUGACGAUGGAACAAUCCCGCCAGACUGCGACCUCGGCAGAUGGAACGAGCUUAUGAUGGAGGCCGGUCAGAGGUCGGGCUUCCUCUUGGAUACCUGCGGCAGGGCGGCCGAGAUGAUGACUAGCGUCGGAUUCGUCGAUAUCGUGCGAAUUCAGUUCAAGUGGCCAAUCAACCAGUGGCCGCGCGACGUCAAGCACAAGACCCUGGGCGUCUGGACAGAGGCCAACUUUAGCGUCGGGCUGGAGUCCAUGACGUUGGCCCUCUUCACUCGUUUCAUGGGUUGGAGGAAAGAGGAGGUCUGGGACUUUAGCGCGAAUGUCAUUGCGGAGUGGCGUGAUGUACACGUGCGCGUGCCCGUACUCCUAGCAAGUCGAAUCACGCCGUACAACGCAUGCCGUGUCACCAACGUCAACCCACUGGCCGAGGGUACGAAGAAGCGUAACCGAACGCCAUAG